GAGCAUUCUGGGGAAGGGGGACGGGACGGCGCAUGCGCGUCGAGCCCGCGGCCGCUACCGAAGCGUAAACAAGGCGCUGUGGAGCAAGAGCUAGGAGAAGAGGAUGAAGAGGCGGUCGGCGGCGGAGCGGAGCGAGGCGGAGGGCCUCCGGAGCUGAGCCUCUCGCUCGUUCUCCUCCUUCUCGGCCGGGGCUCAGGGUCCGCCAUGAACCUGGCCAGCCAGAGCGGCGAGGCCGGCGCCGGCCAACUGCUCUUCGCCAACUUCAACCAGGACAACACGUCCUUAGCUGUUGGCAGCAAGUCGGGUUACAAAUUCUUCUCCCUGUCUUCUGUGGAUAAACUGGAGCAGAUCUAUGAAUGCACUGACACAGAAGAUGUGUGUAUUGUGGAGAGACUCUUUUCCAGUAGCCUGGUGGCAAUUGUGAGCCUCAAAGCCCCACGCAAGCUAAAAGUCUGCCACUUCAAGAAGGGAACAGAGAUCUGCAACUACAGCUAUUCCAAUACAAUCCUGGCAGUCAAACUUAACAGGCAGAGAUUAAUAGUAUGCUUAGAAGAGUCUCUGUACAUACAUAAUAUACGGGAUAUGAAGGUGUUGCAUACAAUCAGGGAGACGCCCCCCAACCCUGCAGGUUUAUGUGCACUGUCCAUCAACAAUGACAACUGCUAUCUGGCCUAUCCGGGGAGUGCAACAAUUGGGGAAGUGCAGGUUUUUGACACCAUCAAUCUGAGAGCUGCCAAUAUGAUUCCCGCUCAUGACAGUCCUUUGGCUGCAUUGGCCUUCGAUGCAAGCGGCACCAAACUAGCCACGGCAUCAGAAAAGGGGACAGUGAUCCGGGUAUUUUCCAUUCCAGAGGGGCAGAAACUCUUUGAAUUCCGGAGGGGAGUGAAGAGGUGCGUAAGCAUCUCCUCUUUGGCCUUCAGCAUGGAUGGCAUGUUUCUGUCGGCUUCCAGUAACACAGAGACAGUGCACAUUUUCAAACUAGAGACUGUGAAGGAGAAACCUCAGGAGGAGCCCACCACUUGGACAGGCUACUUUGGGAAAGUCCUGAUGGUCUCCACAAACUACCUGCCCGCCCAGGUCACAGAAAUGUUCAACCAAGGCCGAGCCUUUGCGACCGUCCGCCUCCCGUUCUGUGGGCACAAAAACAUCUGCGCCUUGGCCACAAUUCAGAAGAUUCCCCGGCUGCUGGUGGGAGCAGCUGAUGGAUAUCUCUAUAUGUACAACCUGGACCCUCAGGAAGGAGGUGAAUGCACACUGAUGAAACAGCACAAACUGGAUGGCAGUAUGGAGCCAUCCAAUGAAAUUCUAGAAUCUGCAUCACAUGACCGGCCAUUAGUAGCACAGACGUACAGUGCCGCUGUGACUAAAGGUACAUAUGUGCCUUCUUCACCUACAAGACACGCCUACAACGAAGACCUGGGGGCAGUUGGUGGAGCUUGCCUGGACGAUGACCCCGGAGCUCUGCGCUUGGAUGAAGACAGUGAACACCCCCCUAUGAUCCUUCGGACUGAUUGAAACUCUGACCUGUGAACUCCACUCCGAGAAUGCCCACCUGACAUUUGAGGCUUCUGUGCUGCUACAAACUUUGACCUGAGCUGAGAGCAAAACCGAGAGGAUGACAGACUCUAAACUACUUUUGAAACAAAACACACAAAAACCCCAGUGUAGCUAUAGGCCAACUCAAUGCCAUGGGGAGGGAGGGGGGAACGCGUCUGGUUUUGCUUCAGUGGCUUUUAAAUCCUGCUCUAUCUUUUAGCUGUAAGGAUAUAUCUCGCUCUAUAUAUCUCUAUUUUGUUGUAACUGUUGCCAAAACCUGCUAUUUUUGUGCAGCCUUCAGCACCUUCCAGCUUUGCAUGCCUUCUUGUGCCAAGCAAACAGAUCCGUUUUAUAAUACAGGUUGCAGUUUUUUCCCCUAAAGAAAACAAAUAAGACGUGUUUAGCAGUCAGCACCAGCAAGGGAAGAGCAACAGAGUUUGGUUCUUCUCACGCAUGGGCUUUAUGGGCUCCUAUGGUGACUUGACAUGCGACUUUUGAAAGACGCUGCAGCGUUCCCUUUCUCGGUUUCUCUCUUGCCACAAUCUCUCCCUAACAAACCUCUUCCCUUCCUGCAUUAUCUCUCCUUUUUUCCCUCCUCCUCCUUCCUCCAUCUGGACCAUUUUGUUAAUUAAACCUUCUUUUGAAUGCUGCCUCUUUUGUGGGAGUGUUGUGUUCUCUUACCAAGGAGAAAAUGCCUAAGAUUGUUUUUCUUUCCCAAGGAGCUGCAAUAAAAGACGGUGAUAGGUGCAGACAUCAUAUUCACAAGCAAAAGAGCUAAGAGACAGGGAAAUGUCCCACUUUGGUUUGUCUCAUUGCUAGCAAGCUAGAUUAAAGGCAAUCUCCAGAUGUCACAUUAAGUUAGGAACCCUGGCUUACUAAGAGCCACAGCAUGAUUUAGCUUGUCUGAAGCAGCUAACAUGCUGCUGAUGGGUGAAACCUGGUUACUCCUUUACUCAUUUGCACAGUUUGAGCUGGCGUCCAAUUCUCAAUUGCUUGAGUACACUUAAAUCACAACCCAAAUUUUGGGACUAUGACAUGUCCCUCCUAAUUUCUUUUCCUUCUUGUGUGAAGAAGGGGAACUGACAGGAUGUGUCUGCUGACAUCAUGGUUUAAUAAGCACAGAAUCCUAGCUUAACGUGACAACUGAAUGCAGCCAACCUGUUACCGUUUUUAAAAGUGUUGAUUGUUUUAUACAAAAAUUAAUAAUCUGAAAUCAUAUUCUCUGGUCUGUUUUGUCCCAUGAAUACCACAAUACUGUAAUCCUUCAGAGGCUCAUGUGGCCCUUGUUGAUGAGUGGACAGAGCUCUUGUCCACACAGUCUGUCAGCUCAUGCUCUUGGCUUUUUGGUUUGUCUUGUAAAUGGCUGAUCUUUAUGCUUUCUUCUCUCCUAACAGUGUGGGGAACUUAGAGCUGACAAGUUUUCCCCUCCAUAACAUACAGAGAAAUUCACUCUGUCUCAGCAUCACCCUGCUGUGCAUUUUCCUCACCCCCUGAUCAACACCAUUGGUGGCACGGCAAGGACAAGACACAGUCCAUCUGUACCCAAACCUAGGCUGGCUUUUAAAAAGGGUGCCAGAAGGGAUGAGAUUGAGACAGGGCUGCUGAUUUGGGGCAGCUCUGUGUCUCAAAACGUUGCUCGGUCCCACUGUUGAGGGCCAAGUGUUCUUCCACAGUAGCCAAGGGUACAGGAAUAACCUGCGGCAUGCUCCUGUAUCCAUAUCCAUCCCCUUGGCUUCCAGCCUCAAAGAGCUCUCGGCUUCCCCUCCCGAGGUCUCUUGUGUGGCAUAACCCUUUGGCUGUGUAACCUCCGUGUCCGACAGCCUGUGUGGCAGUUCUGGUGUCACGGGAAGGAUUGGGUCUGUCUGGAACUGCCAGGACUCUGACUCUGAAAGAGUGACCAAAGCUGGGCACAACUGCCACCUUCUUUUUACAGAGCUGUAAUGUGCCUUUUUGUUGUUUUUUCUCCCUCUCUUAUUGUUCUUGUUUUUAACUUUUAGAUUUGUUUUCAGUGAGCAGAAACAAAAUCAAAAUUAUGUGUAAACCUUUUUGAAUGUGAACUUUUUGUUUUCCUUAGAUUGUUAGCCACCUUUAUUUUGUUUUAUUUUUUGGAUUAAAUUAUUACUCACUCUC